GGGGGAAGAGGUAGGAACGGCUGUGGCGCGGGCGGAGCCGGGUUGCGGGGCACGCUGGGCGGGCGCGGCUCGGCCUGGGGGUCCUGCCGGCGGGAAGGCGGAACUGGAGAUGGGGUGCCCGGUGGUGGGUGCUCCCAGCGCGCAGGCGCAGAAGCUCGCGGGGAGUUCAGCCAGUUUCCGGCCCAGGUCGAGCCGGGAGGGCUUCCUGGAGGAGGAGGAGUAGGAGUUUUCUGUCACUUUCCUCCUGCCGCGCGGCCUGGCAGUCAUGGGGAACCACGUAGGCACUUUUCGAAGGGGAUUAUUUAGAGUCCUGGGCUCAUUUUGUAGUCUAGGCUGCCUCGAACUCAGUGUAAUUCUCCUACUUCAGCAUUGCUAAGUGCUGGAAUCACAGGCGUGGGCCCACGAUGCCCGGCCUCGGACCCUAGCCUGCUGAGGGAUGCCCAAGAAGUUCCAGGGCGAGAACAGCAAGUCGGCAGCUGCCCGAGCACGGAGGGCUGAAGCCAAGGCGGCCGCUGAUGCCAAGAAACAGAAGGAGCUGGAAGAUGCUUACUGGAAGGAUGAGGACAAACACGUGAUGCGGAAGGAGCAACGCAAGGAGGAGAAGGAGAAGCGACGCCUGGAGCAGCUGGAGCGCAAGAAGGAGACGCAGCGCCUGCUGGAGGAGGAAGACUCACGGCUCAAAGGCGGCAAGGCCCCACGUGUGGCGCCCGCCAAGGUCACACGUGCACAGAUCGAGGACUCGCUGCGGAGAGAGCAGCGGGCAGAGCCAGUGGAAAAGGCUAAGAGCCACCUAGAGCUGCCACUGGAAGAGAACCUUAACCGGCGCCUGCAGGAAGAGGGCAGCGUGGAGGCGCGCACUGUGGAGGACGCCAUCGCAGUGCUCAGUGUGGCUGAGGAAGCUGACCGGCAUCCUGAGCGCCGGAUGCGAGCGGCCUUCACCGCGUUUGAGGAGGUGCAACUGCCACGGUUGAAGCAGGAGAACCCCAACAUGCGGCUGUCGCAACUGAAGCAGCUGCUGAAGAAGGAGUGGUUGCGCUCCCCUGACAACCCGAUGAACCAGCGCGCCCUGCCCUUUAAUGCGCCCAAGUGACAGAACCAGGCUGAGUCCAGCUUGUCUGAGUCAGCUCAUCCCCCUCCAGCCAGGCCUGACCAGGGAUUCAUAGAGUUCCGGGCCUGGGAUUCUCCCAGCUGCGCCAUAGGUCAUCCUCAACAACCCAGAGGGUCCCUGCUCUGACAUCCUAGUCCCCGUGAGCCCUGCAGAGCCCAGUGGAGUACCCUCCCAAUAAAGGCUGUGGCGAGGCUGAG